ACGGAUAAACUAACUUACCAGAAAUUGUGUCAUCCCUUAAAAUUCGAAUUUCCCUCCCCACUCCAUUUUCCCACUAUUCACCAAAAUACUGUUUAUGGUUUGCGAUCAUCGUACCCAUUUCAUUUUCUUCAAUUUUCUGUUUGUUUUUCUGUUCUAAUUCCCCACCCAAUCCAGAUUUCUCUUUCUUUUUUACGUUUCCAAUGUGUUUUCCUUCGUUUUUCUGUUGAAUUUCCCCCCAAAUCAACGCAAAUUCAAUCUUCCCCUGCUUGUAUUCUCUGUAUUUUGAGAACCCAUUUGGUUUUUCGUUUUGCCUGAUGGAACAAAGGUCUGUUGUAAUGAACCCUAAUGCGACCUGUAAGCAUUUCGCACCCUUGUUUGUUAAUCUGCAUUGCAGAGAAGAAGCUCAGAGAUGAUUUGUAUUUAUCUUGGGAUCAAUCUGUCGGAAUUUUCAUAGGUGUAUUUGAAGAGUUGAGAUUGUUCACAUGAGUUUGGAUUCAUUUUUUCCAGAGAUGUCACUCAAGUUACACCAUAUUGAUCUAAAGGGUGGUUCAGGUACCCAGAAAAGGCUGAAGGAUCUCUCGGCUCAGUCUGCCAAUAAGUACUGUGCAGAUUGUGGAUCUCCAGAUCCAAAAUGGGUAUCUGUGAGUUUUGGGGCAUUUAUUUGCAUCAAGUGCUCUGGAGUACACCGAAGCCUUGGAGUGCAUAUAUCUAAGGUUCUUUCAGUGAAGUUGGAUGAUUGGACAGAUGAACAAGUUGAUGCUUUGACGAGUGUUGGUGGAAAUACUGCUGUAAACAAAAAGUAUGAAGUUUGCAUCCCAGAUGGCAAUAAAAAGCCAAAACCAGACUCCUCCAUAGAGGAGCGUUUUGAUUUUAUAAGGAAAAAAUAUGAGCUGCUGCAAUUCGCAAGUCUGGACGAUCAGUUUUUCUGUCCUUUUCCACCCCCGCAGAAGAGAAAUUCAUCACUCUCGCACAGCGCUUCCGGUACUGAUGCAAACCAAGAAAGGAGGAAUUAUGAAAAACUACCAACAAAAACUCGCAUUGGAAGUGCAUUCCGUAAUAGUUGGGGAAGAAAAGAUUCUGAACAUAAGAACUGCAAGAAGGGAAAUGCAAAUGCAUUGGUAUUAAGCAGCUCAAUGGCAGGUAUGAUUGAAUUUGUUGGUUUGAUUAAGGUCAACGUGGUUAGAGGAACCAAUUUAGCCGUCAGGGAUGUUGUGACGAGCGAUCCAUAUGUAAUUCUCUCGUUAGGCCAGCAAUCAGUGAAGACACGAGUUAUAAAGAGCAGUUUGAAUCCAGUCUGGAAUGAGAGUCUAAUGCUUUCUAUUCCAGAUUACAUUCCUCCACUAAAAGUGCUUGUGUAUGACAAAGAUACAUUUUCAACCGAUGACUUCAUGGGUGAAGCAGAAAUCGAUAUCAAUCCACUGCUCACCGCGGCCCGGGCCUGUGAGAGGUCCACAAUGAAUGAACCAAUGCAGCUAGGAAAAUGGGUUGCAAGCAAGGAGAACACUCUUGCAAAGGAUGGCAUCAUCAGUCUUGUAGAUGGGAAGAUCCGACAAGACAUCUCUUUGAAACUGCAAAACGUCGAGCGAGGCAUGCUGGAGAUGGAGCUUGAAUGUGUUCCUCUUUCUCAGUAGGAUGAGCAUUCACCCCAUCCAAAGCUAGUGCAAAUACCAAAUCAACUGAGCCUUUCAAACCAAUUUGUUUAUAAUAUUAGGGAACCAUAGAUAGAGCUGUUUUUUAGAGAUUACUGCGAAUCAUUGUCUCUGAAGAUGGAGACAGCUUACCUUUUAGGAAUAUCAAUGGAAGAAAUACCUGCAUUGAAGAAUUCUUGUAUUCAUAGUUGAAGUAUGGCAGAGCAGACAUGUCUGUGGAUAAGAUGAAGCAUUUUUGCCACAAUAUUCUUAGCUUGUAUUUAACAUUAACCCCUUUUAUGUUUCUGUAAACUUUAUGGUCUUGAGGAACUUUCUACAGUUUGUUUAUAUGUUGGAAAGGAGAAAGAACUUGGCAUUUUCUUGUACUUUGGGAAAUUGAGAUUAAUUUGAAUUGUGCUUUUACUC